GAUCUGUACUCGAUCGUAUCUAUGCAGAGCUCAGGUGGGUUUUUCCUCAAACUUGUCUUCGCCUCUUGAUUCAUUUGCAAUCCCUAGUCGAUUUCUUUGGAAAUUCCGAACCUUUUCUUCGAAACCAGAUUCUAUGCUUCAAUUAGUACUUGAGAACGAUUGGUCUAAGGAAGUAGAGGAAGGAUUGAGGAAACCGGAUUUGUCUUUAACACACGAGACUGCGAUUUACGUUUUGAGGAAAUUGGAGAAGUAUCCUGAAAAAGCUUAUUACUUUCUUGAUUGGGUUUUGCGAGAUUCAGGGCUUAGUCCAAGUACUCCACUUUAUAGCAUUAUGUUGAGGAUUUUAGUGCAGCAGAGAUCGAUGAAGCGGUUUUGGAUGACUUUGAGUGAGAUGAAACAAGGAGGGUUUUAUUUAGAUGAGGAAACUUAUAAGACUAUUUAUGGUGAGCUUAAUAAGGAGAAAUCGAAAGCGGAUGCUGUGGCUGUGGCUCAUUUUUAUGAGAGAAUGCUUAAGGAGAAUGCAAUGUCUGUUGUUGCUGGAGAUGUUUCUGCUGUUGUUACGAAGGGGGAUUGGAGUUGUGAGGUUGAGAGGGAAUUGCAGGAGAUGAAGCUCGUUUUGUCGGAUAAUUUUGUUAUCAGGGUGUUGAAGGAACUAAGGGAACAUCCCUUGAAAGCUUUGGCGUUUUUCCAUUGGGUUGGUGGUAGUUCUUCUGGUUAUCAACACAGUACUGUUACUUAUAACGCGGCUUUGAGGGUUUUGGCCAGGCGUAAUUCGGUUGCUGAGUUUUGGAGUGUUGUUGAUGAAAUGAAGACCGCAGGGCAUGAGAUGGAUCUUGACACUUAUAUAAAGGUUUCAAGACAGUUUCAGAAAUCUAGAAUGAUUACUGAGACAGUUAAGCUUUAUGAACAUAUGAUGGAUGGUCCAUUCAAACCAUCUAUUCAAGAUUGUAGUCUUUUGUUGAGGUAUUUAUCGGCUCGUCCCAACCCAGAUUUGGAUUUGGUGUUUCGGGUUUCGAGGAAAUAUGAAUCAACAGGGAAGUCUCUCUCAAAAGCUGUUUAUGAUGGAAUCCACAGGUCUUUAACCAGUGUAGGUAGGUUUGACGAAGCUGAGGAAAUCACGAAGGCAAUGAGAAAUGCGGGUUAUGAGCCGGAUAACAUCACAUACAGCCAACUCGUGUUUGGGCUUUGUAAAGCUAAGAGAUUAGAAGAAGCCCGCGGAGUCCUUGAUCAAAUGGAAGCACAAGGAUGCUUUCCCGACAUAAAAACUUGGACUAUUCUGAUCCAAGGGCUCUGCAAAAACAAUGAAUUGGAUAGUGCCUUGGCGUGUUUUGCGAAUAUGCUAGAGAAAGGGUUUGAUAUUGACUCUAAUCUGCUUGAUGUCUUGAUAGAUGGGUUUCUUAUCCAAAACAGGAUCGAGGGGGCAAGCAUAUUCCUUAUGGAGAUGGUGAAAAAUGCCAAUGUAAAGCCUUGGCAAAGCACUUACAAACGUCUUAUAGACAAGCUGCUAGAGAUCAAGAAGGGCAAAGAAGCGCUAGAUCUUCUUCAGUUGAUGAAGAAGCAAAAUUACCCUGCAUACGCAGAAGCUUUUGAUGGAUACUUUGCAAAGUUUGGGACUUUGGAAGACGCUAAGAAGUUCUUGGAUGUGCUAAGCUCCAAGGAUUCUCCUUCCUUUGCAGCCUACUUUCAUGUCAUUGAAGCUUUCUAUCGAGAAGGAAGACUCACUGAUGCGAAAAAUCUUCUCUUCAUAUGUCCCCAUCACUUUAAAACACACCCUAAAAUCUCUGAACUAUUUGGUGCUGCAGCUUGAGGUAUUCUAUCACCCAAUUGUUCUGCAGAGACAUGUCCAUCAUAGCAAACCAAGAGGUCAUCUACUGCUUGAAAGCCUUUCCAUUCGACUUCUCUGGAGUAAAACAAUAACACUCUU